GGCGGCCUCGUGGAAGCAAUAUGGGCCGUGGGCUGAGCCUCCUCCUUCUGCCGCUGGCCCUGCUGGCGGCCACGGCGCAGGCCGAAGGCGGCGCGGCGACGGCGGAGGAGGUUAAAAUAGAGGUGCUGCACCUCCCCGAGGUCUGCAGCCCGAAGAGCAAGAAGGGGGAUCUGCUGAACGCGCACUACGACGGUUUCCUGGCCAGUGACGGAUCCAAGUUCUACUGCAGUCGGACACAAAAUGAAGGUCAUCCAAAAUGGUUCGUUCUGGGUGUUGGACAAGUCAUAAAAGGGUUAGAUAUUGCUAUGAUGAAUAUGUGUCCUGGAGAAAAACGGAAAGUGGUCAUUCCUCCAUCAUUAGCAUAUGGACAGCAAGGAUACGAACAGGGCAAGAUUCCACCCAAUGCAACGCUGAUCUUUGAGAUUGAACUUUAUGCAGUAAAUAAGGGACCUCGCAGCGUUGAAGCAUUUAAUCAAAUAGACAAGGAUGGUGACAAGAAACUCUCUGAACUUGAGAUAAGCCAGUAUUUGAAAGAAGAAUUUGCAAGAGAUGGCAAAAAACGUCAUCCCUCAGUCCAUGAUGAAAUCUUAGCUGAUAUAUUUAAGAAGAAUGACCAUGAUGGAGAUGGUUUCAUAUCAGCAAAGGAGUACAAUGUCUACCAGCAUGAUGAACUCUAAGUACUUAAAAAAAAUCUUUGGCCGCUUUCUGGACACUGAAAUAAUACUUUGUCACAGAAUUUUUUGUAUUUUUUUAUAGUGGCAUCUUUUUAUAUCUCUUCAGGUGACUGUAAAAAUCUUAUUUUUAACAUUCAACUAACAAAAUGUGUAACAUUUCAAAAGAAAACAAAUAAAAUUGGAAAACACCAUGAUCUA